AUGUUUGAUGCAAUAUCCAAUGCGUCUUUGGCCCUCGUGUCAGUCAACCUGGAUGGACAGCCAGCUACUCAUUUCGGAUUCGGCAAUCGUGCCGACAUGUUUGCGCGACGUAAGGAAAAGCACAGAGAAGGGUCUACAGAGGAAUCAAGAAAGAAGCGAGAUCGAAGGAGCAAGAGCGCCGAGAAGCAUGGACUUUUCCCUUUGAAUUCUCCAACAGAUCAUGUCAAUAAUAUUAUUGCUAUCCAUGGUCUGGGUGGUGAUGCUUUCAACACCUGGACUGACAAGAGCGGCCACAUGUGGCUUCGUGAUUCCUUGCCCAAAGACUUGCCAGGAUCCAAGAUAUGGACUUACGGGUAUGACUCGGCAAUAGCAUGGAGUAGUUCAAUUUCAGGAAUUACGGACUUCGCUCAUGACUUGCUUGAGCGGCUUUCAUCAAUUAGCAUCUCUCCUGAUGGUGCUAAAUUUCCAUCCAUCCUGAUAUGUCAUAGCCUUGGAGGUAUUGUCGCAAAAAAGGCUUUGACAUUGGCGAAAUUACUGCCUGGUUACGAAUCGGUUGGCAAGAGUAUCAAGGCAGUAGUAUUCAUGGGUACACCGCAUCGGGGUUCUCGCAUGUCGAGUUACUUGACCCCGCUCUCGCGUAUCGUGAAUGCUGUUACGUUUUCAACGCCCAUUCGUGCCGACCUGAUUGGAAAUCUUCAAGUGCUUUCACGAGAACUCUCCGAGAUCGCCGAGUUAGCUGGUCAUCAAUUGAAUCAGAUUCCCGUGAUAUCAUUCUAUGAACAGAAGAAAAUGAAAGGUAUUGACUGCUUGGUUGUUGAACCCGCCUCCGCGAUCUUGGGGAUAGACAACGAGCGUGCUAUUCCUAUAAAUUCUAAUCAUAGGGACAUGGUGCGUUUUGCAUCGCACGAGGUAGAGAGAUAUCACCCAGUCAGAAAUAGAAUAAAGAACCUGGUCGAUCAGAUUGCCAAAGAAAAUCCACAGGACUCAAAGUAUUCUCGUUAUGUCCACAAACUCUACUGUGUUGACUAUCAGACUCUCCUGGUCGAAACGGUACAGCCGUAUCCUGGUACCGGCACUUGGCUCUUUGAGAACAAAGCUUUCAAGUCUUGGGCCAGAGAGUCUUUCUCGGGUAUAUGUUGGCUUAGAGCACCUGCUGGUUUCGGGAAGACAGUCAUUGCUCGAAGUAUCGUAGAAAAUCUCAAGGCAAGAACAAAGCUAACUUCCAAGCUUGGCUACCUACGGAAAUCGGUCAUCGUCCAUUACUUCUUUCGCCACGAGAAGAGCGACACUCUUUCAGAGGCUUCAUUCCUCCGAUCAGCCCUUCACCAGCUGCUGCUGGAAUCUCCCAAAUCACAUCUACUCAUGGACGACAGGCGAUAUAUUCAUAGUCCGAGCCGUCGAGAAUUCGAGCAAACAUUUAGCCUGGAACUGCCUUGGAUGUGGAGUGCCUUGGAGAAAGUCCUGGCCAUGGAAGCCUUCGAAAGGAGCGUGGUCAUCAUGGACGCCUUGGAUGAAGUCAGCGCGGUCGAAAUAUCAUCGAUUUUGGAAAAGCUCAUUUCAAUGAUUCGCGAUCUUAACCGUGAGAAGCCGUCACACCGGAUCAAGAUCGUAAUUCUUGCUCGACCAAAUUUCCAUAUUGAGAAAAUUGUUCGUCACAGCAACGCAGAGAUUAUUGAGAUUGGUCCAAGAGAGACUGCCACAGAUCUGGAAACAUAUGUAAAUUCGAUCGUAAAGGACUUUGGGGCAGAGAACGGCUUUCCCCGCGAUACUGUGUCAAAGAUUCAGAGUCGACUCAUUUCCGGGGCGAGUGGGAUGUUUCUGUGGGCACACCUAGCAUGGGAACAUUUCAAGCAUGGAGUUACGAUUUGGGAUCGAGCGAGGAUUGAUCGGAAGCUUACCUCGCUUGGUCAUCUUCCUCGCGGCCUUGAAGAAUUGUACCGAAAGCUUUUCCUGUCUAUUGGUGAGGAAGUGCAAAAGGAGCUGGUUUCCAUAUUCAUGAUCAUGUGCGCAGCCGCUAGACCCCUCAACUGCAACGAAUUAGGUAUCUUGCAUUCUAUUGGAGAGUGGGAUGAAGAUGAUCAGGAAAACCACGUUCCUCUAGAGUUAGAGCUGACGUUGCAGAGAUACUGCCCGAAUUUAUUUUCCGUGGACUCCGAUGGACUAAUUCACUUUGUGCACCUUUCUCUCAAGGAAUAUCUUGUGGAACGCCUGCUCAACGUGACUGUCGAAUCCAUUCACCAGCACCUAGUCCAAAAGUGUAUUAAGUAUAUCCACUCUGCGCACUUCGAGAAGGACGCGAUUGAGGAUCACUUGAGUGAUAAGCUUGAAGAGAGCCAUGUCUACAAAUGGAUGUGGUGGGCCAGACGUGAAGAAUGCCCUCUUCAUAAGAAAUAUCUGCUUCUCGACUAUUGCGCAACCUUUCUGAAAUACCACAUGGAGCAAAUCGCUUACGACGACCCGGCUUGGAUUCAAUAUUCUCAAUUAGCAGGGACCCGUGAAGUCUUCCAUACACUCACCGAACGAAUCCAUGAGAAUCAUGCUCGGCAUUCCUUGUACGGGGGUGAAACUCCCUUAAUGCAUGUGCUUCGGAUCAAGAAUUGGGAUAUGGUGCCAAAAUUUGUCGAAGCCAAUUAUAACAUCAAUGAGCCAAUAGAUUCACCUUAUAUCUGGUACGGAAUAUCAACAAAUUUACACGAGCAUAUUACAGACACAUUCGUCUCACUGCUCUUGCUGGCAAAUGGAGCAGAUCCGGAUGCAAAAGACGGGAGUGGCAGAACUUCUCUACAUUUUGCUAUAUGGAAUCGGAAUAUAGCCGUAGUCGAAAGACUGCUCGAAAUUGAGGAUCUUGAUGUGAAUGCACAGGAUGAUCAUGGGGACACCCCACUUCAUUACCAAGUAUCAUGUGGCGCAGUACCAACGCUUCUUUCUCAUAGUCGUAUAGAUGUCAGCAAAAUCAACGGACAGGGUAUGACUGCCAUGGCUCUUUCAGCUAUCUGGGGUGAUCAUACAACAUUUUGCAAUUUUCUGGACGAAACUGAUUUUGACCUUGACAAGCAUUGUGGAGGCCACAGUCCCUUGAUCUGUGCCUGCCAACAACACUGGAGAGAGAUCACACUGAAGUUGAUUAAGAAAACGUCUAAUGUCAGCAAACAUCGAAGCCUCGAUCAGAAAACCGUACUUCAUUGGGCAGUGGUGAAUGGAUGGGAUGACGUCCUCCAAAUGGCGCUUAGCCAUGGCGCCAAAGUAAACAUAGCCGACAAUUCUGGCAAAACGGCGUUGCAUUAUGCUGCUCAGCUGGGCCAUUACAAGGCUGCACGCUAUUUACUUCGGCAUGGGGCGUCUGCCAGGAUACAGGAUGCUGCUGGUCGUACAGCAGUCCAUACGGCCGCUGUCGAAGGAUUUGCCGAUACCUUAAGACCGCUGAUCUUAGAGUCAGACUGCGAUCCAAAUGAUAAAGACCAACAGCACCGUUCUCUCGUGCAUUGGGCAGCAUCUUGUGAUUGGGCUUUCCUCAUGCUGACAGUACUUGAGAUGCCGGAUAUCGACAUAAGAAAAAGAGAUCAUCACGGCAGGACUGCAACUCAUGUCGCGGCCAUAUGCGGUUGUCCCAACGUCCUGAAACUAUUGAUUGAGCACGAUAUUCACGACUGCUCAGAGGUCGAUGCCUUCGGUAAUACGACUCUGCAUCUGGCUGCCCGUGGACAAAGCGUAACUGCCGUGGAAGUCCUCAUACCGCACUAUGAGCUGCAAAAGAACCGUAUCAACUUUUGGGGCCAGACCGCCCUUGAUGUAGCGAUGACAUAUGGAGCUAAAGACAUCAAAGAUUUGCUUCUCGGAGAAGGCGUGAGAUUCAAUUCCACUCGUAAAUUCAGAGUCGAUAAAGACGAACAGGCAAUCGCUGUCCACCCAACAGAUUAUGUCCAAACGCCUGAUCAUUUAUCUUUACUCAUUAUCAACGAAGAAGCAAGGAAACGCCGAGAUAAGUUCUAUGGGAAAUAUAAAGUGGAAAUUUGUGAAAGCGACGAAAGCUCAGGCUUCGAGGACAGCGAAAACUCAGAUGAAUCUUAUGAGUCUCAAUCCGAGAGCAAGCUUUGA